AUGACAACACGAAAACCAAUUAACUGGUUUUUGACAGAAAAGGGUCGAUCGUUUUCUUUUGCUGUAAUUACAGGCACUGGACUUGCAUGUACCUUAGCACGUUAUGGACCACAUACAUUUUUCUUGGAGAAGUAUAAAAAUUUUGUUCAUCAUUACAGCAAUGGACAGCCAGCACCUCUAGUCAAGGAACUUCAUGACCGGUAUUCGAAAUGUUUGGAUAUCCUAAAUAUUUCAGAUGUUCAACGUAAAUUAAUUGUGCCCUUCAGUGUCUUUGGAUAUGAUUUGUUUCACGCUGGCAGCAUGAACUCGAGGUUUGGAGUAGCCAUUGGUAUACCAGUAAACUUCAGAUAUAAAACCCUUGCUGAUCUAGAAGCUGAUGAUAUUCAGGUGAAUCAGAAGAAAGUCAAUUGGGAAUCAGAAACCGGCAGAAAGUUGGCAGAUGCUUUAAUAUUACCUGAAAAAUUACAAGAAUUUGCUAUUUGUAGGGAAAUAAUGAUGACACAGAAUAAUAAAAUAAUGUAUGAGUCAGCAUACCCAUUUACAUGCUUGUUUUUGGCUUAUAAUCUAUCUCAGUUUCUGAAUAAAAAAUUAAAUCUAUAUGCAGGACCCCCAGCAUUAAGAGGAAUAUUAUAUACUAUAAUAGCAAUGUUCGCAUCAGGUACAUAUUUUCUUAUGAAGGAUAUGACUGAGGUUUAUUAUGAAACAGAUACUGAUCGGAGAUUAUGUGAACUUGGUCCUACAUUUGUUGAAAGUGGUAAAAUGUUUUAUGAAAAAAUAUUAAAUAGGAAUCAAGCACUCAGAGAAUUAAUGGGAAAGGAAGGCGAGAAUAAGUAUAGCAAGCUGGGAAAUGAAAACUUUGGCAUUCGGCAACCUCGAAUAGCUUUAGUACACAGAAAACAAUAUUUUGAACACAAACUUAAUGAGUUAAAUGGUUCUAAAAGUACAGAUGAUGCUGAAUUAUUACAAUAA